GCUGCUGCCCCUCUCUCUCUCUCUCUCUCUCUCCUUUUCUUUCUAUUCCCUCCCUCCGACGAUAAAGAACCACCCUGCAAAAUUAUGCUCGCGUGAUACCAGUUGGUGAUUUCUCCCCUGGCUUCACUGUUGAUGCAUGCUCCCUCUUUAGGUCUUGGGAAUCUUUCGGUAACGGUUCGUGUCGAUCGGCGUAGCUGCAGGUGCCGGAACUCAUCUUCUUCAUGGGCAAGAAGAGCAGCGGUGGCGGCUCUUGGCUCACGGCCGUCAAACGCGCAUUUCGAUCUCCGACUAAGGAUUCCGAUAAGAAGAGCUCCAGGCAACGUGAAGCCCCUAACCAAGACGACCACGAAGACAAGGAGGGAAAAGGGGCGAUGGAUCUUCGGCAAGCCGUACUCGACGCAAGAGCAGCAACAGCAGGUGAGUUCCGCGGUCGUGGUGCCGGCGGUCUCAACGGAGCAGAGGCACGCCAUCGCGCUGGCCGUCGCUUCGGCGGCGACGGCGGAGGCGGCAGUGGCGACGGCGAAGGCAGCCGCGGAGGUGGUGCGGCUCACCAGGCCUUCCUCUAGCUUCGUGAAGGAGCAUUGCGCGGCAGUCGUCAUCCAAACCGCCUUUCGAGGAUACUUGGCGAGGAGGGCGCUGCGGGCGUUGAAGGGGCUGGUGAAGCUGCAAGCGCUAGUGAGGGGCCACAACGUGCGCAAGCAAGCAAACAUUACGCUGCGCUGCAUGCAAGCACUGGUAAGGGUCCAGGCAAGGGUGCGCGAUCAGCGGAUGCGGCUGGCUCAGGAAUUGUCCUCCUCCUUCAGCUGCGACACUUCUCUUUGCGACUCCAAGUAUCUGCACCUAGCAGAUAGGACGUCCAUGAAUUCGAGAGAGGGGAGUAGCUUCACUGAAGAUUGGGACGAUCGCCCGAGAACGAUGGAAGAAAUCCAAGCGAUGCUUCGGUUCCAAAGGGAUGCGGCGUUCAAGCGAGAAAGGGCGCUGUCAUACGCCUUCUCGCAUCAGCUUCGGAGAUCAGACCGGAACCUAUACACCUCACUGGAGGAUGACUUCGAUGGCGAGGCGGCUUCGGCGGGAGAGUAUGGGCCUGUCCGGUGGAUGGACCGCUGGAUGGCGUCAAGGUCCUCCUUUGACAACAGACCAAGUAGCAGGCGCCCUUCCGCAGAAUACCGUGAUCCAAUCAAGACGUUGGAGAUCGACACCGCUCGCCCUUUCUCCUACGCCGUCUCCCCUAGUCCUCGCCGUCAGACGCCGGCCUGGCACCCAUCUCCCCCCCUCCACCGAUCCCCCGCCACGCCAUCACCCUCCAAAGUGCGCCCUUUGCAGGUCCGCUCGGAGAGUCCCCGCGCCGGUCGCGAGGAGCGGAGCUUCUCCACCGCUCAUACCCCCCGGCGGCAUCAGCAUUCCGUGGCGGUGCCGAACUACAUGGUGGCGACGGAGUCUGCCAAGGCGCGAGUGCGGUCGCUGAGCGCCCCAAGGCAGCGUCCAGGGACGCCGGAGAGGUGCGUCGGUGUCGCUGCCAAGAAGCGACUGUCCUUCCCGGCGCCGGACCCAUACGGGUGCCCGCAGAGCCUGCGGAGCCCGAGCUUCGAGAGCGUUGCGGGUUGGUUCUCCGGGGAGCAGCGAUCCAACGCGUCGCCCUCCUGCAACGACAGCGUCGGAGGCGAAGCGUCGCCGUCGUCGACUGCGGACCUCCGGCGGUGGUUCCGGUAAGCGGGGCACCGUGCUCUGCUUAUGCGGUACCGUACUUCACUGUAGCUUUUUCUUGCUUUUUCGCUUUGGUGGGCUCAAUCAACCUGUCGUGCACUGGCCAGUGGGGUGGGAUUGAGGCGCGCGAAAGCUUUCAUUUUGAUAAGUUGGCGGUGGUGGUGAUGAUGCAGGCAAGGCCAUGUGUGGGACUCUGCUCUAGUCUACUGCGGAGCUCAAAAAGAAGUGCAGGUUAUUGGUUUGCCAGCCUUCGCCUUUGAUGGGAAAUCAUGAGACGUGGCGUCACAUCCAGCUCUGCGCUGGGGUUGCGCAGUUAACGGAGAAACGAAGAGAAGGGUUUAGUAAGGUUUAGGUUUAGGACCCUAAACCCUAGAACCCUAACGAGAAGGGCGAGGAGGUUUCUGAUUAAUCUUGUCUAAAAGUUCUUACUAGCGGUAAUAAUUAGGCAUCGUUCGAAAACGUUCCCAAUCUAAAUUUCUUUUGAAUAAA